GGUUUGUUAGAGUUUUAGUCUUAACCAAAAUGGUAGCUUCCACGGAUGAAAAAUCGGCAUAUCAAGUUCGUUCAAAAUGGGGCUUAUUCAAGGAUCCAGCAUUUCCUAUUUAUAUAUCAGGCUUUUUGGAUAUGUUUGGAGUGAGUAUGAUUCUUCCACUUAUAAUGACUCAUGCAAGAGACAUUGGUGCUUCCCCAGUAGUAGCUGGAUUUCUAGGAUCAACAUAUGGUGCUUUACAGCUGUUUACAAGUCCAUUGGUGGGGCAGUGGAGUGAUGUGGCUGGUAGACGUAUGACGUUACUAGUAUGUUUGAUCAUGUCAGCAUGUGGCUACACAAUGUUCGCAUUCGCUUCUACAGUAGUUCUCAUGUUUGUUGCACGACUACCUCUAGGUAUUUUCAAACACAGUCAGAAUAUAGGCAAGUCCUAUUUGGCAGAUAUAACAACAAAGGCCGAUCAAACAUCUAAGAUAGGGCAUUUUAAUGCUGCAUCUAGUAUAGGGUUUAUUCUAGGACCACCUGUAGGAGGACAUAUAGAUGAGCUGAAAGGAGGAUUCUAUUUGGUGUCAGUGCUCACUGGCUUUGUUUUCCUUCUGAAUUUUGUUUUAAUCUGGUUCACAGUGCCAGAGACACAUUCCAGGAAGGAACGCAUGAGGAGAAAUUUUUCUUCGACAGACUCUUUUAAACAAAUGCAAUCUGAUGAACUAAAUUUUAACAGUAAAACAUUCUGGGAAGCAGCUAGACAAGUCAACUGGCAUGAUUUAUGGGAUCUGUACCUUAUCAAAUUUUUACUUGGUGCAUCUGUGAUCGUUUUUCGGAGCAACUUUUCUUUAAUGCUUCAAGAAAAAUACCAUACAACGCCCACAAUGAAUGGGUAUAUUAUUUCAGUAAAUGGUGUUGUGUCAGCAUUAGUUGGUUUUUUUACAGGUUAUAUAGCAGAUUAUUAUAAUAGUAAUGCAAAAUUACUUCUACAUUUAUCUAUUUUUCAAGUGUUCACAUUGUCGUGUCUUUCAUUGCCAACGCCAUUGUGGCUAUUUGUGAUAAGUAUAUUACCUUUAGGGUUCAUAACUACAAUAGCUAGAGUGUCCAGUACUAGUUUGACCUUUGAAAGAGGAAAUAAAGAAGAAGUGGGGAUUCUUUUGGGUUUUCAGCAGAGUUGUAUGUCAGUCGCCAGGAUGUUGGGACCAAUGGUUGCUGGGAUUGCACAGGAAGUGACAACAUCAGGGCCAGGAAUUGUGGGAGCUGUUCUGUCAUUGUGUGCAGUGUUUAUAAUGAUUGUCAGACCACAGGAUCCAGCAAAAAGAACAAGCUUGAAAAAUCAUUUGACGUCAUCUAGUAAACUUUUGAGUCAUGGUGGAGAGCCUAAAGGGACAGUAUCAAGUAACAAUGUGGAGAAAAUGACAGAAAAAAUUAAACUGCAUAGUUAUAAUUCAAAAAGAAAUUCUUAGCUUACCAAUUUAGUAUACUUUCUCUCACUCAGGAAAGAUUGAGAAAUGUGUUGUUACUGGACUGAUGGUUUUUUAAAGUUGUAUGCUUCCAGAUGAGUAAAAUUCGAAAUAUCAUACUAAAGAAAAAUAUGUAUAAUACACAAAAAAUGUCAUGUAGAAUCAGAUCUUGACACUUCGAAGAAUUGAGACAAUUUUUUUGGCGGAAUACUCACACAAAAUUUCUUAGAUAGGACAAGUAUAUUUUUAAAAAGGAUAUUUUUUUGUUAAGGACAAGUUUUCCUUUAAAAGGACAAUUUUUUUUUUCCGUUUUUUUAGUUUUUAUAAAGAAAAAUUGGGAAGAAUCUAUAGCUUUUCUGAUGAAAGUCACGAUACAUGUUAAGAGUUUAAUGUAAAACUGUCAUGACAGUGUUGUUAUUUAUGAAGGUAAAUUGGUGCUGAAUUAACCCCUAAAUUGUAAUAUGAGAGGUAUAUUCAGGGAUCAUAGCAGUUAACGCUGUUUAUGCAAUUUCUGUGAUCAUAUUAUGUAUAUAUUUCAUAGUUUAUUUAUAACAGUUGGUUCAAUUAUGAACCAAAAUUGUUGAGAGAUUCUAUAUUUUAAUGAGAGAAAUAUUUUUCGGAGUAUUUUAAAAUAGUUAUUGAAAGUUGUUAUGCAUUAAAAUUAUUGUUGUUGAUUUUUAUGUCCAAGUAUUUUGUGGAAAACAGUUUUAAAUGAAUAUAUACUGAUUAUGUAUUAGUUAUAUUUAAUUGUUUUACAUCAAAGUCUUGGUAAAUGAUAUAUUAUCAUUUACAUAUUCAUGUAUUUGUUUAUCUUAGUCAAGAUUUAUUUUCAUAGAAUUAAAAGAAAAAAAAAGAUUUUGGUUUUAUUUAAAUGACUUCUUGAAUGCUGCAUGCUUGUAAUAUCAAUUUUUAUUGAGACAGUCGUGUUUAUAAUAUCUGUAUUUGCAAAAUUAUGAAUCAAUUUUUUAGCUAUCAAUGACAGCAAAUGUGUAAGACCAGUAUUAUUAAAUACAAGCAAUUAUCAUAGUAUUGCAAGCAAUCCAUAAGUCCCCUACCGGUUAGAACCCCAGCAACAUUCUGAUGGGCCAUUGGCCAUUCAAUUUUACCAGUGAAUGAAUGACAUGAAUAAAAAAAUUUUUUUGAGUUCUAAGUUUGUCUAUAUCACAGUAAUGUGUUAAGUUUCCCUGGCUAGUAAAGAAAUUAUGUUUAUACAACCUUGUCAUAUUAUUACAAUGUGGGAUCCUAUAAGGAAUGAAGAAGUUGUAGUAAAAAAUACCAAUUUCUGGAAAAAAAUCUAAGUUCAAGGGGGACAUAAUUCUGGAAAAAGUCUUGCUAGAGUAUUUAACCUUCUCAAAAAUGUUGAGUGAUAAUAAGAAACAUAUAUAUGAAGUUUGAAGUAGAUACAUUAGGAAAUAAAGAAGUUAUUUAAAAAAGACAUUUUUUUUCCAUAAAAAUUCUAAGUUCAAGGGAGGUAAUACUGAUAAUUUUUGUGCUAGAGUUGUAAACCUUGUCACAUAUGAUGUGGUUGAUGACCAGAAACUUAUAUUUAAAGUUUGAAGUCAACACCUUCAGAAAUAAAGAACUUAUAGUGAAAAAGCUGAAAAAUUUAAAUCAGAAAUCUUGAAAGUCAGGAUAUUUGUUGCCAUAGCAACCAGAAUUUUCAACAUAGGAAGAAAAGAAAAAGAUGUGCAUAAUCUCCAGACUGCCAUCUACCCAUAUUUCAAGUACUUUUUGAGUUAUCACUGGGCUAAAUUUGCCAUAUUUUCAGACUAUUUGUUGCCAUAGCAACCAGAAUUUUCAACAUAGGAACAAAAGAAAAAGACGUGCAUAAUCUCCAUACUGCCAUCUAUCCAUAUAUCAAGUUUCAUAAAAAUAUUUUUAGUACUUUUUGCGUUAUCACGGGAUCCAGUUUUGUGGACGGACUGACAGACAGACAGACGGACGGAGGGUAAACCGGUAGGAGACUAAUAGACAUUUGACAGGUUAUAUGGUUGUGUAAAAAUGGUGCUAGUCUGCUCAUUACUAUUUUAUAUUUGGCCAUAUAACACUUAAAAUCUUUAAACAAUUAAUGUUAUGCCUUCAGAAAAGUUACCAUUUGACUGAUAUAUCAAAAUCUCUCUUCAUAAAUAGUUGAAAGAAAUAUAAAUGUUGCCCAAAGAUAUUCACUUUAAAAAAAUAGUUCUUGUUCACUUUCAAAUUUGAAAUGUAUUUGCAGGUGGAUAAAUAAUAUUUGCCUUUUUCUCAAAAACCAUUCCACUUCAAACUUGAAAUAUUUGUCAACUAUCAAGACCUGGUCAGUCCAAUAGGAAUGUUUGCAUAGAAAUGCCCCUUUUUCUAUGUUGCUUUUUUUUUGCUAUCAAGCACUGAGAAAAGUAUAGCACAGACAGAUCUUGUUUUGUUUUUCCAUUUGGAGGCCUGUUGCUUUUACUAUUUACAAUACAUCAUAUAUACAAACCAACUUCUUUCUAAAUUUGGUGUAUGUGAUAAAUUAUAUAAACAAAACUGGUGCAAUUAUUGUGAAAACAUUGUUAUUAAAUAAGAUGAG